ACCRCGUACGCAGACCACCGCCGCCAGUGUGGGUGUUCGUAUUACAGUGACCGCGCGCGCUUAAUACGUCGUCGUCGUACACGGCACGCGACAGAUUUUAUAGGUAUAUUAUGUAUAUACCUACAUAACCGCGGUAAUAUAUUUUAUUGUAYGUUUUAGUAUUAUAUGGGCGAUUKUCGUCCRCUAGUGUGACUGUUACUACUUAUAGGGUACCGCAGCGAUAUCCGCGCGGUUCAUCACGAGAUACACCUGCGACGAGUUCGCCGUAUAAUCCGCGGUCGUUAUUAUUGUGUCAAUAAAUACAGCUACGCUACGAUAGUAUUCGUUUAUACGAUCGACGCUCGAUAUCUGACUGUUGCAGCGCUGCAGCUAACGAGUGCUUUUGCGGUUUCGACGAGACGGGAACUGCCGGAAAAUAGACUUCCGAACGGCGUGUCCGGUGCGAAAAACGAUGGUCCGGUGGCCAUCAUCGUAACAACAACAAUAACUUUAUUAUACAGUAUCGUGUCAUCUAUACGCAUACAAUAUAUAAAAUUAUUGUUGUCGUUAUCACGUGUAACCAACCGCGAUCGUUUAAACCGAUUCCCUUGGAUCGCGUACGACAGUCUACCGUGGUCGUUAACGAUACUUUCGGCGAUUAUGUCGAAUUUGCGAUUUUUUGCUCGUGUCGUUUUUAUAUCCAUUUACUGACGGUCGCGCUCAGAUUGCAUGACGAUUACUGACCUUUGAACGGAAAAUCACAGUUUCUCGGACGAUUUUUCACAGUUAUACUCAAUGAUGUACGAAAGCACAUGUUCGUACCAAAGUGCGUUAGACCUAAAAAGGGUGGCAAUGUCAUCACCGCCAAGUAUAAAAACAGAAAAUGACUGUCUUCCUWCUGCUACUCCGCAAUGGCCAUCGGUAGGAGUGGCUAGUUGUGCGUACAGGUUUGCGUGUAAUUCCACGUUUGAGCAACUCAAACAGUCAGUAGAAAAGGCAAAAGCCGCGUUACAGGAUCGUGGAAGUUAUUUAUCAUCGUGUGACCUAGGUACAUCUCCUUUUUGUCCAGCAGCACCGUCAUCUAGGACGCCAGUGUCUACUCAUCCAACUACCAAUUCACUCGAUUUAUUUCAGGAUGAGCAAAAUAAUACUGACAAACGAAACAAUUGUAAGUUUGCUUUACAACAGUUCAUUUUAAAUACUCUAGAAAUCAGUUUACAUGCAAAAUGUAAAUAUAAUAAUACACAAAAAUUCUAUCAUAUUGUAUGA